UGUCCUUGCUGUCGGUUGUUCGCAGGCCGCAGUGAUUUGGUAGCAGCUGCAGUAGGCGGAAGGACCCAGGUUCUACCCUCCUCUAUCUUUCACUUUCUACGAGAAAUUCGAUUGGUGGCUCCUUCUAGCAAGGAUCGGCACUUGGAGCAAGCGCUAGCACAACAAUGGCUCUGAAAAGAAUUCACAAGGAGUUGAACGACUUGGCAAGGGAUCCACCUGCCCAGUGUUCUGCGGGACCCGUAGGUGAUGACAUGUUUCACUGGCAAGCCACAAUAAUGGGACCUAAUGACAGUCCUUACCAGAGUGGGGUUUUCUUCUUGACCAUACACUUCCCUACUGACUACCCGUUCAAACCGCCAAAGGUUGCAUUCACCACAAGAAUCUAUCACCCUAACAUAAACAGCAACGGCAGCAUCUGUCUUGACAUCCUGCGGUCACAGUGGUCUCCAGCUCUCACCAUCUCCAAAGUUCUCCUGUCCAUCUGCUCUCUGCUGUGCGACCCGAACCCGGAUGACCCCUUAGUACCUGAGAUCGCCCGCAUCUACAAGACGGACAGGGAUAAGUACAACAAAAUAGCACGGGAAUGGACACAAAAGUAUGCAAUGUAGUUGUCGGAGUAGAGUCACGGCCAACCACCUCUACUGCAUAAAGGUUAGGGGAGCUUCAGACGUAAAGAGAAAACAAAAAAAAAACCAUACAAACAAAAGAAAUGUUGAAAACGAGAUCACGUCGGUUUCCAUUGGAGUGCUUUCUUUGAGCCACGCCUCCCUUCACCAGAGCUCCUGUAAAUCUCCCUCUGCUCCGUCUCUCCUCCCUCUGUCUCCCACCUGUCCUCUCCACCUCCCCACCCAUGUACAUAUUGUCAAUAACCUCUGCCUCCUCCUGGAUUAUGUUUCGUCACUCCUCCCCCCGCUCGGCAUUCGCUAGAAGCAUUCCUCCAAGCAUCUGUAAAAUGUAGAGAACCUUUUUUUAAUUUUCCCGUUUAGAGGGGGGGGACACCAGUUUGAGGGAUUUUUACACGCUGUACCCGUUCUCCUUCCGUUGUUCCUUGUGAGUUACUCCCAUCUGUCGAGGUGACAACUGAAGAAAACUGUCAUCAUGCGCGAGUCGACGAGCACUCUGUAUUUUGUACAAUAAAUCCUAGCAGGCUAUGUGAAAAUAAUAAAAUAAAGAUGCACAUGGCCUCUACUGGUCUUCUGUUGGAUUCUAUGGAAGGACUUGAAUUUAUUCCCACCAUUCCUGUUUCCCUGCCCUGCACCCCACCGCGGUCACCCCUUUGUCCAUACACACACACACACACACACACACACCACUGUAAGGUGCGUCGCCCCUGCCCACACCACCACCGUUGUUCACAAAGUGGAGGUUCUGGACCAGGUAUUUAAACCAUUCUUUUGCUUAGUUCAACCUGUGUUUUUAUCUCCCCAUAACUCUUUAGGUUGCUUUUUUGUUUUGCUGUUGUUAAAUUAGCGGCUAACAUCUGAAAUGGCUAUGGGACUGGCUUGGGCUCUGGGUGCGAGGAGAACCCACUCUUCUUGCACAAAACCUCUGUAUAUUGAAUUACCUGAGAGGCUCGUUGAGCUUUGUGUGUUGAUUAAACUGUGUAAUAAAAACCUUGGACUCCUGUGG